GAAUCUCAGCUUCAUUACCUAAGUCUGUUAUAAAUUAAGACCACCUUUUAGUUGCUUCUCUCUCCUCAUUCUUCAGUCACCUCAAGCUCUCUCUAAUUUAUGACUCGUGGGAAGUACACCACUAAUGAGUAGUAUAUAAAAAGGGGAGGAAUGUUGAGUUUUGGCAUCCACAUUUUCUUGAAUCUCUCUGUUAUUUGCUGAGUUUAUUACACACAAAGAAAGAGGUGAAAUGGGAAGAAAGAAUUGCUUAGUUCUUGUUGUGAUUCUCCUCAUUUUUGUUGCUGGAUGCUCACCAGCUUCUGCUUCACCUGCUACAAAAAUCGUUGGUGGGGUUGUGACAAAGGUUGUCUCCACCAUUUUCAAGCGGCUGUGGUCUCUCAAAUCAGCCACCAAAACCGCUACCUCUAGCCGGUCGAUGAUGAAAUUUGAAGGUGGAUACAAUGUUGAGACGGUGUUUGAUGGAAGCAAGCAUGGAAUUGAGCCCUACACGGUGGAGAUCUCACCAGAUGAAGAGGUUCUCAUAUUAGACUCUCACAACAGCAACAUUUACAAGAUCCCAACCCCUUUAUCUCGAUAUAGUCGACCUAAGUUGCUGGCCGGAUCAGGUGAAGGGUACAACGGGCAUGUAGAUGGGAAGCUGAGGCAAGCAAGACUUAACCAUCCUAGAGGGCUUACUGUCGACGACAGUGGCAAUGUAUAUGUUGCUGACACGAUGAAUAUGGCAAUCAGAAAGAUCAGCGAUUCUGGAGUUGUGACGAUUGCGGGUGGGAAGUUAGGCCGGGGAGGAGGACAUGUAGACGGACCAAGUGAAGAUGCGAAGUUCUCGGAUGAUUUUGAUUUGGUCUACGUUGGAAGUAGCUGCUCUCUUUUGGUCAUAGAUAGAGGGAAUCAAGCAAUACGAGAGAUCCAACUCCACGAACACGAUUGCUCCCACGAGGAAGACAACAAUCUCGAUUUAGGAAUAGCAGUGCUUGCUGCAGCUUGUUUCUUUGGCUACAUGCUGGCGUUGUUACAACGUCGGGUUGCUGCUAUGCUUUCGUACGACACUCCGAAGGAGCCGAAGCCUUACGCGACGGGCAUGCCGCCGUACCAGAGGCCGGCCCCGCCCGCGAAAUCCGUCCUGCCGCCCCUGAUUCCGGCCGAAGACGAGUACGACAAGCAAGAGGACGGAUUGUUCAAUUCACUAGGGAAGCUCGUCGUCCACACCGGCUCGUCCAUAGCCGAACUCUUCGGCGGACUAUUCUCCGGCUUCAAGAAGAAGCCCCUCAUCAACCACAUGCCGCCGCACCAGCACCAGCACCAGCACCACCACCAGUACCAGCCGAGGCACGGGAGCGCAUGGCCCGUGCAGGAGAGCUUCGUGGUGCCACGCGAGGACGAGCCGCCUCCGCUCGAGGCAAGAGAGCCCACUCCGCGAAAGAGCUACCCGUACAUGGCGAAGGAGCCGGAGAAGACGAGGCAAGCGAAGCAGAGCCGUCCCUAUUACAACCAAUGGAACGACCACGGCCACAACUAUCAGCAACCGCAACUGCAGCAUCAUCAGCACCACCAGAAGCACCGGCCAUCGAGCGCGCAGACCUACUACGAGCCUCAGAACUGCGAGACGAACGAGAUCGUGUUUGGGGCAGUCCAGGAGCAGGACGGGCGCCGGGAGGCAAUGGUGAUCAAGGCCGUCGACUACGCCGAUCCGGCCUACGACGGCAACAAUGUAAGGUCCAGAUACAACUACAUGAGUUAUUCCUCUUAUGGCUACUGAUUGCUGUUGUUUGUUUGAUCUCUCUACAAUGUUCAACACUUGGUUCACAAUGUAUAGAAGUAGCAGCUGCAUAUGAUAUGAUAAUAUGAAACAAAUGUGUUUUUUUUUUUAGAUGUCUCAUUUCACUUUGUUGUGAAAAUCAUGUUCUUGACGAGUGACUACCUCUUUUUGGAUA